AUGAGAAACCAUACAAAAAUAGCAGAGUUUAUUCUCCUGGGAUUGUCAGAUGACCCAAAAUUGCAGGUUGUGAUCUUUGUCUUUCUGCUCAUCACCUACUUGCUCAGCAUCACUGGGAACUUGACCAUCAUCACUCUUACCCUGCUGGAUUCUCACCUCCAGACCCCCAUGUAUUUCUUCCUCAGGAAUUUCUCCUUAUUAGAAGUUUCAUUCACAACUGUCAGUAUACCCAAGUUUCUGGGUACCAUUAUUUCAGGAGAUAAAACCAUUUCCUUUAAUAAUUGCAUAACUCAGUUAUUUUUUUUUAUUCUUUUGGGCGUCACUGAAUUUUAUCUUCUGGCUGCCAUGUCUUACGACCGCUAUGUUGCCAUCUGUAAGCCCCUACAUUACACGGUCAUCAUGAGUCGAAGAAUCUGUACACUGCUCGUCUUUGCUUCUUGGCUGGUUUCAUUCUUAAUCAUAUUCCCAGCACUCAUGUUACUCUUAAAGCUUGAUUACUGUAGAUCUAAUAUUAUUGACCAUUUUACCUGUGAUUAUUUUCCCUUGCUGCAACUUUCUUGUUCAGACACAAAAUUCCUGGAGAUAAUGGGGUUUUCCUGUGCUGUGUUUACUCUAAUGUUCACUUUGGCAUUAAUAUUUCUGUCCUACAUGCACAUCAUGAAAACGAUUUUGAGAAUUCCUUCUACUAGUCAGAGGACAAAGGCCUUUUCUACAUGUUCUUCCCAUAUGAUUGUCAUCUCCAUCUCUUAUGGCAGCUGCAUUUUUAUGUACAUUAAGCCCUCAGCAAAGGAUAGAGUAUCUUUGAGCAAGGCAGUUGCUGUACUAAACACCUCAAUAGCUCCCAUGCUGAACCCCUUUAUUUAUAGCCUAAGGAAUCAGCAAGUCAAGCAAGCCAUCAUGAACAUGGCAGGGAAAACUGGAUUUUUUCACAAAGAGACAAAGAAAGACAUGAACCACACAGUAAUCACAGAGUUUGUCCUCCUAGGCCUUUCUGAUGAUCCUGACCUUCAGAUUGUGAUUUUUCUUUUUUUAUUUAUCACAUAUCUCUUAAGUGUCACUGGAAACCUGACUAUCAUCACCCUAACCUUGGUGGACUCCCAUCUGCAGACGCCUAUGUAUUUCUUCCUCCGGAACUUUGCUUUCUUAGAAAUCUCCUUCACAACUGUAUGUAUCCCUAGGUUUCUGGGGGCAAUUAUCACCAGGGAUAAGACCAUUUCUUUUAACAACUGUGCAGCCCAACUCUUCUUCCUUAUCUUCAUGGGAGUGACUGAAUUUUACAUUCUAACUGCUAUGUCUUAUGACCGCUAUGUUGCCAUCUGCAAGCCCCUUCAUUACACAACCAUCAUGAACAGGAAACUCCGCACCCUGCUUGUGCUGAGUGCCUGGUUGGGUGGGUUUCUGACCAUUUUCCCACCACUUAUGCUUCUCCUCCAGCUGGAUUACUGUGCUUCCAAUGUCAUUGACCACUUUGCAUGUGACUAUUUUCCCCUCUUACAACUAUCUUGCUCAGAUACAUGGCUCCUAGAAAUAAUUGGUUUUUACUUUGCUUUGGUUAGUUUGCUAUUCACUUUGGCAUUAGUGAUUUUAUCUUACAUGUACAUUAUCAGGACUAUUUUGAAAAUUCCAUCUGCCAGUCAGAGAAAAAAGGCUUUCUCCACCUGCUCCUCUCACUUGAUUGUCAUUUCCAUUUCUUACGGAAGCUGUAUAUUCAUGUAUGCUAAUCCCUCUGCAAAAGAAAAGGCAUCACUGACAAAAGGAGUAGCUAUUCUCAAUACCUCUGUUGCUCCCAUGCUGAACCCCUUCAUUUAUACUCUGAGGAACCAGCAAGUAAAACAAGCUUUCAAAGAUGUGGUCCAUAAAGUUGUGUUUUGUGCAAAGAAAUGA